AUGGCUUCUUUUUCAGUGGAAGAAUUCAUAGAAAAUGGAAUUUUAAAGGGGCUGCUUCAAAAGUUGUUGGAAGAAGGAUGGGAUGAUGUACCAACUCUGAAGAUUAUGAGUUCAGAGGAAAUGGAUUUGCUACACAUGACACAACAACAAAAGGACCAAAGUUUACUGACGCACUUGGAAUCAGGUCCUACCUGUAGCUUGAUGCAAUAUGCAGAUAAGAUGGAGGAUUGUGGAAAAAAUCCGUCAGAGCUUAUCAAUUUAAGCACCACAGAUCUUUCUACUCAGUUCGAAACGAAGAGCUGCCACACUGCACGUUUUGUAAACAGAAGAAUAAGUGAUGAUUCUUUCAAAUUGCAUGCACUUGCUGCUAGAAGAAAAAGUAGCAUAAUGAUGCAUAGAGACGAUAGCAUUCCCAAAAGUUUUGGAUCUAAUAGCUCUAACAGCUUGACAAGAUCACACAUAAGAAGUAAUGCUGCUUUUGAUGCACUUGAACAAUCAAUGGCUGAAAUGAAGAUUAAAGAAGGAUAUGUCUUUAAGGGUAUUGUAGCGGCUGAACCAGCUGAGUCUAGAGCCUAUCACUUUUUACAAGAUUCUGAUACUGAUCUUGUUGGAGAUGAAAGCAAAGGUUUUGGAGACAUUUCCAGGAAAUUCACACUGCUUUCCAACAUGUCAAUUACUGUGUCAAUGACGCAUAUUAGAAAUUAA